CCAGGUUGUGCCAGCGUGCCACGUUCUACCCUCCAUAGCUCCCGUACGCAAGAAAGUGUGUUUUUGGAUCUCCAGUCUUUCUUCAUCGUCCCGAGCGUCUUGAGUGGAAGAUCAAUCUCUCCACUGAUUUUGAUUUCGCCUAACAUAAGAUGCAGAUAGCGUUAUGGGUGAACCUUGGAUUGGUAUAAGGAUGUUUACUUUCAAGCGGAAUCGAAAUUCUUUCAUGGAUUUUGGAUCUUCGGUUCUGGCCUUUGCCGGAUGUCGAUUCCACUUUUGUUCGCCAUUUGAUUCCUAUUCAAUCGCUUGUGAGGCGUUUUCUGAACAGCUUUUUCUUCAUCAGACUCGCACUCGGAUAAAACCGGAUAAGGUUUGCUAAUUUUUUCGCGCGACGAAUAAAAUCAAUUACUCUCUUCGUAGGGUCUUUUUGUUUUUUAAAGUUGCGAUAGCUAUGGAUUCCGGCGUUGGUUUGUCUGUUGGCAAGUUUGAGACCGAUGAUGCUGAUGUUGUGGAGAAAGAUCCUACUGGACGUUACAUUCGGUAUGAUGAUAUGUUGGGGAAAGGAGCAUUCAAGACUGUAUACAAGGCGUUUGAUGAAGUUGAUGGAACAGAAGUUGCCUGGAACCAAGUAAACAUUGAGGACGUUUUGCAGUCUCCACAACAAUUGGAAAGGUUAUAUUCUGAGGUUCAUCUCCUAAAGUCAUUGAAACAUGGCAACAUCAUCAAGUUCUAUAAUUCUUGGGUGGACGAUACAAACAAGACUAUUAACAUGAUAACUGAGUUAUUCAUCUCUGGGAGUUUGAGGCGAUAUAGAAGAAUGCAUAAGAAUGUUGAAUUGAAGGCCAUCAAGAACUGGGCAAGGCAAAUUCUUCGAGGUUUAUGCUAUUUGCAUAGCCUCGAUCCUCCUAUCAUCCAUAGAGAUUUGAAAUGUGAUAAUAUUUUUAUUAAUGGUAAUACUGGAGAAGUUAAGAUUGGAGAUCUUGGAUUGGCAACUGUCCUACAGCAACCUACUGCACGGAGUGUCAUUGGGACACCAGAAUUCAUGGCUCCUGAGCUUUAUGAAGAAGAGUAUAAUGAACUUGUUGACGUAUAUUCUUUUGGAAUGUGCAUGUUAGAAAUGAUCACCUGUGAGUACCCAUAUAGUGAAUGCAAAAAUCAGGCACAGAUAUAUAAGAAAGUUACCUCUGGAAUAAAGCCUGCUGCCCUUGGUAAAGUGAAUGAUCCACAAGUGAAGCAAUUCAUAGAGAAAUGUUUAGUUCCAGCAUCUAUGAGAGUGCCUGCAUCCGAGCUAUUGAAGGAUCCAUUUCUUGCUACUGACAACAUGAAGGAGAUCAACCAUGUACUGCAGUUGCCCAAUCACAUAACCAAGUUGGUGAUGCCACCAACAACUGAGCCACGUCCCAUGGAGAUAGACCAAACUGUCAACGAUGUUUUACCUGGCUCCUGUUUGAACGGUACAGAAGAAACUCAAAUAUCAACUCUAGAGUUCCUUAGGCAGAAUAAGAGUAAUGAAUUUAGGUUACGAGGGGAGAAAAACGUUGCAGGCAGAACAAUUUCACUUACUCUACGCAUUGCUGAGACAAACGGUUGUGCGAGGAAUAUCCACUUUCUGUUCUAUCUUGAUUCGGAUACGGCAAUUUCAAUUGCUGAGGAGAUGGUAGAAAAUCUGGAUCUCACUGCUGAGGAUGUGGAUGUUAUUGCUGAACUAAUACACACCAUGACCGUCAGGCUUGUUCCUAACUGGAGAGAGUCACGUCAACAAUUACCUGGAGCAUAUUGUUUGGAUGGCGAUUCUCCUGUAGUUUUAAAUGGGGAAUCAUCUUUAUGGUGUCAUAGUGAUGAGAAUCUUGUUAACUCACAGGUUCUUGAUGAAGAUCAAGAGAAACAGGAAUCAAUUAUGUCAGGCAUUUCAGCAGAGGAUGGGAUUAAAGUCAUCUCAGAUGGUAAAAACAUGGAACCUGCUUCUGUUAUCUUCGAUGGAUGCUGUGAGGACUCCAUUGCCAAAAGAUCCAAUUUAGAUGUCAGGUUCCAUGAUCAAGAUGAACGCAAGAGGGAAGUUAAUGCUGGUGGAUCUGUUACCAUCAACGGGUCUGAUAGGAACUCAGUGAACGUCGUUUCAGAGAACUCAACUGUCUCAUUUAUAGAUUCAUGUGGCGAUGAACCCCAGAACUUUGACAUGUCAAGCAUCAAUACUCUUUCCCUCGCAGACAAGGAUCAAUGUGACGAGCUGCAACUGGAGCUUGAUGCAAUAAAUACACAGUAUCACCAAUGCUUCCUUGAACUUGCCAAGAUGAGGGAGGAUGCCAUAGAAGACGCAAAAAGGAGAUGGAUUACGAGGAAGAAAAUACCAGUCAUGUGAUGAAUUAGGAAACCACCAUUUUUUUCUUUCGAAUUGUUUGCCUCCAUUAUUCUACGUCCAUUGAUUUUGGUUCAUUCGAACCAAGCCUGUGUUUUUCCAUUUUGUCAAUACCUUGCAAAUAUAUAUAUAUGUAUAUAUAUUUGGGCGCAGUAUGUGCUUUGGCGGUUGUUAUAAAUGACUUGGCAAUUAUUGACCAGCAUUUGGUGGAACGAUAUGAUAACAUUUUUCA